AUAGCAACUUCUGCUGGCUAUCAUUGCCGAGUUGCACGUCACAAGCCCUUCCUAUCACCAGCAGCUGUCUGGAAACGUCUCAUUUGGGCAAAGGAGAAUAUGACAAGGGAUUGGAAUGAGGUUAUCUGGACUGAUGAGGCAAAGUUGGAGUUAGGAGAGAGGCCAGGGCACAAGAGACCAACCUUCAAGAGUAGUCGCAAAUCCAUCAUGGUAUGGGGGUAUAUUGCACAUGGUGUGAAAGAUCAGCUGAUCAAGCUGGAAUUCCUGCCUGCAACCAUGAGUGAGAAGGGCCGAAGACGAGGUGGAGGCUUGGGUACAAAAGAGUAUGUUGCACAGGUUCUUGAAGGGCCUCUA